AUGGUGGAGAGAACCGUGAGAUGGGAUGUUGCGAACGGAAGAAAAAGUAGAAGUGAUCGCGAAUCGAAUGUAUUCUUGUGUCGCAGAUAUUUGACGCUGGUUUCGUUUUCUUUUUGUGUUUUUGUCAAAAACAAAAAAGGAGAGAAGCCGUAUGAAUGCGGGACGUGCGGGCGGAGGUUUGCAGUGUCGAACCAUUUGCGGUACCACGAGCGGGCGCAUACUGGUGAGAAGCCGUUCCGUUGUUCAGUCUGCGCCAAGGGCUUCACCUCCAACUUCAACCUCAAGUACCACGAGCAGAUCCACGCUGGCAUCAAGCCUCACUCUUGCGACUUUUGCGGCAAGAAGUACCGCUCCAAGGCUGGUCUCACUGGACAUCAAAUGAAGAAGGGCCAUCAUGAAAGGUUCCAGAGUAUGAUGAGGGACGGGUAUUUCCUGGAUGGACACGGUCCAUCAUUCAGUAAUGGCGAAAUGAAGUCGGAUCAGGAUCCCUCGGCUUCGUCAGCUCCAUCACCCGCAUCUGCUGGAGAAGGUCCUUCGGGGCUUCAGUCACAGGUAUGGUGGGAAAGCGACGCCGAAGAGACGAGGCCCGGGACGACCGCCGACGCUGAUGUCUGCCACCCGUCAAAUGAACAUGUUUGGGCCAGUGAACCUGAAAAACGACGGACAAAUGAGCAACAACAACAACAACAACAACUGAACCCGGAGUUGCCGCCGUCUUCGUCGUCCUCAUCCUCGUCGUCUUCUGUUGUUCCUGGCCGUGGCCCGCCGUUGAGCCGCGGGCCGCCCAUGGACAUGUUUGGGCCAGUGAACCUCAAGAAUGAUGGCCUUUUGAACGAGGUGCAUCAUUUGCAUAAUGCCCCCGGGCUGCAACCAACGCCACAACCUCCGCCGGCGUCCUCCACUCCUGCUUCCACCUCGUCUUCGUCAUCAUCGUCGGAGAUUGUUUCAAGAAGCAACGGGGAUAAUGUUGGAGGGAAAGAGGAUGAUGACAUUGGUGUCGGCGGAGGUGGUGGUGGGGGGCCAGGAGGAAUCGGGGGCGUUGGAGGAUACAUGCCGUCUCCAUCGCCCAUGUAUCCCAUGAUGAACAUACGAUCUGCUGCGCCCAUGUUCGCACCUCCACCACAGCCAGGUUUUUUGUCGUACCCGGCACAACAAGCAUAUCAAGUGCAGUUCGAGCAGCAGCAGCGGUUCUUCAUGGGCCGUUCGCCAGUGCCGUCACCGGGCCACCUGGGCGGGGGCCACCACCACCCCUUGACGCACCAUCCGCUACACCACCACCAUCAACCACCGUUGCACCAGCACCACCAACUGCAGUAUGCAGACAGGAAGCCGGACGAGCCGCAGUGA